UUUUGAUAGACAAUCCGUAAAUAUCUCUGCUACGAAAAUGUUAAGCCAAGGUGCUAUAUUUCUUCUAAUACUUGUUACUGUUAUUAGUGGACAAUCCAGCCCUUGUUAUAUAUCUGAUACGUGCAAAGAAUGUAUACAAAAUCCUGGAUGUGCAUGGUGUGUAAACCCUCUGGAUAUAACUGGCAGACAAGCUCCUCAUUGUCGCCCUGAUACAGACACAUCAGAUUUAACAUGCUGGAAGACGAGCAAAUACUGUGAUUGUGACCUGAAAGCAGAUCUGUGUGUGCAAGAAGAAAGUAAUGAAGUGUGUUCAGGAGCAGGAAUCUGCGAGUGUGGAAAAUGUGCAUGCAAUGAAAUUCCCAGGGGAUAUGGUCAACGAUAUUAUGGAAAAUAUUGUCAAUGCGAUAACUUUUCGUGUAAACGAGCAAACGGUUUACUAUGUUCCAAUAGAGGAAGAUGCAAUUGCAGUAGAUGCGACUGUUUUCCUGGAUAUACCGGAGAUGCAUGUGAAUGUGAAACAGCUGAAUCAAACUGUAGACCUUCCAGUGAUGACGAUAUUUGUUCCAAUAAUGGAAUAUGUGUAUGUAAUCGGUGUAAAUGCAAGAAAGGAUAUUCUGGAAAAUAUUGCGAAGAGUGUCUGUCUUGCGAAGUAAAGAGGUGUAGUGAUUUACGUGAUUGUGUCGAAUGUCAAGCUUACAAAUCUGGAAAAUUAAAGGAUACAUGUGAUACGUCGUGUACAGAGUUCCAAACCCAAGUCGUACACGUAGUACACGAAUUAGAAAGCCAAGAUGUGAAUAAUGUUAAGAAGUGUAGAAUAAUAGACGAUGAGUCUUGUUUGAUAAUUUUCGAUGUUUUUUACAUAGAAGAUAACAAACUGAUUGUACGAGCCUUGGAUCAAAAAGUCUGUAGAAAGACUUUUUGGUAGACAAAAAAAUUUAUUAGUAUUAUUAACAAUAAUUCUAAUUAACCAAUAAUAGGUAUACAGGGUGAUUGAUUAGUAGGGUAAAGCUCAAUAGCUCCGCUAUAGUAAUAGAUAGCAAUAAAAGUUAAUAACAAAAAUUUUAGCCACCUUUGAGCUUCAAAAUUAGUUAGAAUGUUACAGGGUGUUCGAUAACACAGUGGCAGACCUAACUUGUUUUUUUAAAUGGAUAUUUUAUUUUAUAUUCGAAAUCCUGUUAACUUCUCCAUCACAAAAAUAUAAAGGUUUUUAAUGUUGUACAGGGUAUUUACAAAGUUAUAACCAACUUUGUAUGAAAAUCGUAACAAGUUCAACUCCCUGUAUAAAUAAAAAUACGCACAACAGCCAUGGUUUAUUAAUGCCAUAUUUUUUAUUUAUUGUCAAAAUUUUUAAGAAUUAUUGAUGUUGCUAAUUUUCUUUAUAUCAAAUACAGGGUGAGUCAAAACGCAAGUACAUUAUUUUCUCAGUAAUUUUAAAUGGAACACCCUGUAUUUUAUAUCAUUAUUGAAAAGUAACAUUUACGUACUUUAAUUUUUAUAUAACAUUCCCUAUGUCUAAAUUUAUUAGUUUUCGAGAUAUUUUCAUUUUUCAGAGCGAAUUAUUUUAGGUGUUUAAAUUUAUCUAAAUUUUAAGUAAGCCAUGACUGAAUUGACAAUUGAAGAUUACCGAUUAUCAAUUCGGUAAUCAAUGUAACACUGUAGCAAAUAAAGAAAUAAAAAUAAUUUAUUAGUAAUACAUUUUACAAACAAAAACACAACCACUACAUGCAACAUUUUUGAAACAAUUAAAAACUGUCUUUUUAUGUAAAUGCAACAAAUAAACAAAAAAAAAUAGUAACAAAUUUUACAAAAAAAAAACACAAAAACACAAAAUACAAUAUUUUGUGAAGACAAUUAAACACUACUUUUGUAUGUAAAUGUAACAAAUAAAGAACAAAACAUAAUUUAUCAGUAAUACAUUUUGCAAAAAACAUGUUUGAAAAAAUUAGAAGCUACUUUUAAUACAAUAUUUUUAAUAUUUAAUUACAUAAGGCGUUCAAAAUUAUCUCCUAACACAUUUAUGUACGCCUAAAAACGAUCAUUGAAUGAGCUACUUACUCUACGGAGCAUUUGUAAAUUAACACAUCGAAAUACACUUUGUGUUCUAUUUUUCAUCUCAUCCCUUGUUGUUGGAGGUAUUUUAUAAACUUCAUUAUUAACGUAACCCCAAAAAAAUCAGUCCAGUUUAUUAAAUUCUGGUGAUUUGGGUGGCCACGCUACUGGUCCAUUGAAAAAUGAAAAUAUCUCGAAAACUAAUAAAUUUAGGCAUAGGGAAUGUUAUCUAAAAGUUAAAGUACGGUAAUGGUACUUUUCAAUAGUGAUAUAAAAUACAGGGUGUUCCAUUUAAAAUUACUGAGAAAAUAAUGUACUUGCGUUUUGACUCACCCUGUAUUUGAUAUAAAGAAAAUUAGCAAUAUCGACCAUUCUUGAAAAUUUUGACAAUACGUUAAAAAAUAUGGCAUUAAUAAACCAUUGUUGUUUUGCUUAUUUUUAUUUAUACAAGGAGUUGAACUUGUUACGAUUUUCAUAUAAAAUUGGUUAUAACUUUGUAAAUACCCUGUAUAACAUAACAAACCUUUAUAUUUUUGUGAUGGAGAAGUUAACAGGAUUUCGAAUUUAAAAAAAAAUAUAGGGUGUUCCAUUUAAAAAAAAACAUAAGUUUGGUCUGCCACUGUUAUCGAACACCCUGUAACAUUCUAACUAAUUUUGUAAUAUGAAGCUCAAAGGUGGCUAAAAUUGUUGUUAUUAUGUAACUUUUAUUGCUAUCUAUUAGUAUAGCAGAGCUAUUGAGCUUUACCCUACUAAUCAAUUACCCUGAAUACUACAUUAAUGGACAAAAAUAUGAAAUAUUUUGAAAUUAUCAUAAAUAUGUUUAAUGAUUUCAUGUUACCAAAUAAUUUUUUAAGGGGGGGGGGUGUCAAUUUUUUUUAUUAUUUUAAAUGAAAGUGAUUAACUGCAAGAAUACUCCCUGAACAUUUAUAUUGAUGGGAGUAAAAUUACCAGAGAUACAGCAUGUUAAAUAUUUUUACUGCAUGUUAGACUCGCUUUGCUGCGGUUUCGCGCCAGCACGCUUGAGCGUAAUGACAAACGUUUAACAACGGCCCCCCUUCUCUUUUGUAGAUUACUCCGCUAUUCAAAGACAUAUUCCGGUGUGCGCCACUUUACGAUUUGACAGACAAAAACGAAGACGAAGUUGUCAAAACUUAAAACGCGUUUUUUUCAAAACUACUUUUUCCAAGGCAGUGGACAUUAUUGUAACUCUAAAGAAUACUCGACCAAUUCACCUGAAAUUUUGCAAAAAUUUUCUUUACGAAAUUUCUUGAGGUAACGCUGUCGAGAUAUAUUUGUACUAAAAAGGGUAGUUAGUAGUUCCCUAGGUUGGCUGUAUACCAUAUAGUUAAAAAAAACUCAAACAUGAAGUGAAAACCACUUCUAUGUAAUUGGUAUAUUUAUUAAAAAUUUUAAAAAUCCCAAUGGAUUGAAAAAAUGUGUCCAAUUCAGAUAUAUUUGUCUUUAUGCUUAUUUUUUGUAUAACAAUAAUAACUACAAAAACUUGACAGCGUUACCUCGAGAAACUCAUAAGCUAAUAAAAUAUUUUUUUGACAUUUUUGUUUCACAUGAUCCAGAGACGAGCUUGGAUGUUCAGCGUAAAAUUCAUUUUUUUUUGGAGGUCUGUAAAAAUUUGUCAUCGUUGGCUUAUUUUUCAAUGUUUUUCCUUGAAAAUUUUAAUGAAUAUUCUUUGAAAUAAAACAAUUGUACAAUAGUUUUAAAAAAAUCACAAAAAUGUUCUUACAAUGUUGAUUUCAAACCAUACUCUCCCCCUAAGAAUGUAACAAGUUUUACGUGAAUAAUUAAAAAAAUUAAACGCAUUUUAAGUGAAUAAUUGAAAAAAAAGUAAACACUGAAAUUUUUGGAAUGAAAAGUAAAAAUGUCUUGAAACUAAAGAUUACUUAAGACAUCUUAUUUUACUGUUUUGUUGAAAAAAAAAACAUAAAGUUAAUAGUGAGUAUUCUCUUCUCGAAUUUUAACUAGGUACUUCUUGUAACCGUAUUGGAAUACUCUGAAUUAAAAAUCUUGAAUAUAUGCUUGACGGAUUGCCUUCCAUUAUUCUUGUGCUGUCCAUCCUUAACUCUUCCAGUGUCACAGGAACGGGAUUUCUUUUCCGAAUAUGACGUUUUAAAGUAUCCUGCACAUACUCGGUCGGACUUAGAUCCGGGCUCUAUGGUGGCCAAUAAAAUCUUUCAAAUUGCACGUCGUCAAGGUAAACAUUCACUAUUUUAGUGACACGAGGCUUAAACACAAUACAUUCGAACGCAUUUGUCAAAUCCAAUAUGGCCGGUAAAUGGCAAAACAUGAUCUCCUAAAAUGUUUUCAAUGUACAUGUCAGCUCGCAUUCGUCCAAUCAUCUCCACAAAUUUGGUAUGUCCUUCCCAAGAUAAACCACCCCAUUACAUUAUACCUCCAGCACUAAAAUUAACGCUGGAUGAGGUUAUAUGAGGUUACAACUGGCAUACCGUUCGCCAAACUCUUCGACAAAAUUUCGUCCAAUUGGCUUCUUUACCUGAAUUCUAAUCUCAUCUGUGUAAUUAAUAAGUUUAGCAAGAUAUUUUGUAAUUAUUUCAAGAUAUAGUGCCAUAACAUAAAUAUUCUAUAUUUUUGCCCAUGAGUAUAUUAUUAUUAACCAUAUUAACCAUAGAUAUUAAUUAUUUCAAUUAUUUUUCUGAAUAUUGUUACAACUAACACUACAAUUUAAUAUUACAAUAAAUUAACAUAUUCUUCUUAA